CGCCGCUCCGGCCCCUCCCUCCCAGAAGUGGGCGGGGAAACCUGUGUGAGGGGGGCAGCCGCCAUCUUGGAUAAAGUCUGUGUGUGUCUCUGUGAGGGGGAGAAAAACCUGGAAGUGGCGGCCGGAAAGGGGGAAACUCCGCGCGAGAAGAGUUAGAGGAAGGAGGAAGAGGAGGCUGGCCGGUUUCCCAAAGGGAGGAGCGAGAAGGGGAGAGGCCGGUCGCCGUCGCGAAGCGGAGCCAAGCUGCCCAGUCACCGCCAUUCCUUCGGACCCGGUGCCACAAUGGCGACUGCACCUUACAACUAUUCCUACAUUUUUAAGUACAUCAUUAUCGGGGACAUGGGUGUAGGAAAGUCCUGCUUGCUCCACCAGUUUACAGAAAAGAAAUUUAUGGCGGAUUGUCCCCAUACAAUUGGUGUUGAGUUUGGUACAAGAAUAAUUGAAGUUAGUGGCCAAAAAAUUAAGCUGCAGAUCUGGGAUACGGCAGGACAAGAGCGAUUCCGGGCUGUCACACGGAGCUACUACAGAGGAGCAGCAGGGGCGCUUAUGGUCUACGAUAUUACUAGAAGAAGCACGUAUAAUCAUCUAAGCAGUUGGCUGACAGAUGCAAGGAACCUAACUAAUCCAAAUACUGUGAUCAUUCUUAUAGGAAACAAAGCAGACCUGGAGGCCCAGCGGGAUGUGACGUACGAAGAAGCCAAGCAGUUUGCUGAGGAAAAUGGGUUGCUGUUUCUCGAAGCCAGUGCAAAAACGGGGGAGAACGUCGAGGACGCCUUCCUGGAGGCGGCCAAGAAGAUCUACCAGAACAUCCAGGACGGGAGCCUGGACCUCAACGCGGCUGAGUCGGGCGUCCAGCACAAGCCCUCGGCCCCUCAGGGCGGACGGCUAACCAGCGAACCCCAGCCCCAGAGAGAAGGAUGCGGAUGCUAGUGACCUCCAUCCCUCGGCUCCGUUUCCUGACCUUUCACCUCUGUUAGGAGCCCCUCGGCUUCGGUUUUCCCCCCUCUGUACAUCUUUACCGGGUUUAAUCAAAAACUCCUGAGGCGACAGUUUAUAAUACAGUACUAAACUGCUAAAAACAAAACAAACAAAACAAAUAUAAAUACGUAAACAAA